CUGAAACGCCAUUAAUACAUGCUGAUACCUCCAAAUUCUGUCUCUUAUCUCCUUCACUAUCAAGAUAAAUACGUCACCAGCUCCAAACUUAGCUACUUUCUUGCAGCAUUGCUCCUAGACAACCGACACUUUUCUCUAUAUAUCACUAGAGCGAGCUUAUAGUAUAUAAUUUUUGUCUUUAUAUUAUAAGUAGUGAUAUUUUCUGGAGUUCAAAGUAUGGGUAACGCAGAUUAUGAAGGCCCACAUCGUGUUACAAUUCCUCCGCCGAAACCAUUUUUGAAGGCACUAAAGUCGGGUCUCAAAGAGACUUUUUUCCCUGAUGACCCUUUUAGGCAAUUCAAAAACCAACCGGCGUCUAGGAAGUUUCUAUUAGGAUUACAGUACUUUGUGCCGAUUCUUGAAUGGGCACCUCGCUACACUUUUGAGUUCUUCAAAUCUGAUCUUAUUUCUGGAAUUACUAUUGCCAGCCUUGCUGUUCCUCAAGGGAUAAGUUAUGCAAGCUUGGCCAACUUACCACCAAUUAUCGGAUUAUAUUCGAGCUUUGUUCCACCAUUGGUAUAUGCCAUGAUGGGCAGCUCCAGAGAUUUGGCAGUGGGUACGGUGGCGGUUGCAUCACUUUUAAUAGCUUCUAUGUUAGGGAGGGAAGUUAGUCCUACUGAGAACCCUAAGCUUUAUGUUCAACUAGCUCUCACUGCUACUUUCUUCGCCGGCGUUUUCCAAGCCGCCCUGGGCUUUUUAAG